CUGAAUUUUAUCUCUCUCAACAUGAUUCAUUGUCAAAGAAUUGAUUGGAAGUCUUUUUCUUGGAUCUGCUACAAGAAUUGUCCUAUCAACUUCAUUAGGUAUUUCUUGAGUUUGAUGUUGGUUUUGAGCUUCUUCACUUGGUGAUGUGGCUUGAGUAUUUUCCAUUGGAGCUUGUGAUUGAACUUCAAGUGCAGUGCACUACUGCAGAUGCCGUGAACCUGUAGUGUGGAAGACCUCAGGGACUGAUUCAAAUCCUAGAAGGCGGUUCGUUGGGUGUCCUAAUUAUGUGGACAUGCUUAAUUAGGAUCAUUGUUCCACUUUGGGAGAGGAGUUUCUUGUACCAGCUUUGGAGUUUCUUGUCAAAAUGAAUGAGGAGAUCAGUGCAGUAUCUUUUCCUAUUGAUUCCUUUGUGGAUGUGUCCACCCAGGGGAAUAUUCCGGUCAGAUAUGGGUAUGUGAGUGUUGUUUUUACAGCCUGGGUUGUGCCUGGAGAUGCCCUUGCACUCUUGGCAGAAUUUGGGGACUUCUUCAUAGAUGGCAGUCGAAUAUUGAUCUUGGAGAUGUCUUCACUUCUAUGGGGAAAUUCCUUCAGUGAAAUCGUCGUUGACUCCCCUCCACCUAAUCGAAUGCCUGCUAUGAAUCCCAAUCUUCUCCACAUGUAAGUACUUCCCACUGAGGCUGAAGAUUUCAAACCCCAAGUCGUAUAAUUCUUGGUCUCUGAUCAUCCAUCUCUUUUUUCUAUGUAGCCAAUUCCAUUGCUGAAUGGUUGUUUUAAUUCCUUUUAGCGUUGUAGACAUAGCAGGGCUAUCUUCAUUGUAGAUUGAUGCAGUGUAUAUUUUCCAUAUGUUCCAUGCUAUAAUACCAGGUAUAACCAUUCUCAAGUUACCUCUUUGUGUCUUACUAUUUGCUCUAAGCCCCAUUCUAGGAAAUGUUGUCUCAGUGUGAUACCUCUUCUUGCUCUUGGUCCUUGUAGGAGGUUAGAAAAGAAGUUCCAAAUGUUGAUGCUAAAUUCACAGUGGAGAAGGGUAUGG